UUGGACAUGAUAUAAACACAUUCACAUUGGGAGGGUUCACCAAACAUUUUCCUCUCUUUUAUUUAUUUUUCCAUUUAUUUCUCACUAUAUAUAAAAGCAAACCUUGUGCUAGAAACAAGAUCUAAAUUUGGUGAGUAGAGAUUUUAACACAACCAACAAACACACACAUCGUUGUAGCUUCUUAGUUAUCAAGCUAUUAUAGCAACCACCAUGUCCAUCAAAGAAUGCGGCCACCACGACGACGAAGACCGACGCAACUUCCUCCGCCGCAUAAUCGCAGCCGUAGGAGCCUUCAUUCUCCUAAUACUCCUAACCAUCUUCCUAAUAUGGAUCAUCCUUAGACCCACAAAACCACGUUUCAUGAUACAAGAUGCCACCAUUUACACUUUCAACAUCUCUUCACCAAAUUCCAAUCCCUUCCCUAUACCAAACACACUAACCCUAACAAUGCAAGUCACACUCACAACUCACAACCCUAACAAAAGAAUAGGAAUCUACUAUCAAAAACUUCAUGUCUAUGCUUCUUAUAAGAGCCAACAGAUCUCACUACCAACUUCAAUUCCUGAUACUUACCAAGGUCAUAAAGAUUUUACCAUUUGGUCGCCGUUUAUUUACGGUGUUGGCGUGCCGGUUUCGCCUUUUACGCUAAGUAAUCUUCAGCAGGAUCAGAAUAAUGGAAUGGUUUUGGUUAAUCUUAAGGUUAACGGAAGGGUUAAGUGGAAGGUUGGAAGAUGGAUCUCUGGAAGGUAUCAUAUUUUUGUGAACUGUCCUGCUUAUGUUAGGUUUUCCGGUGACCGGAAUAAUGGCGCCGGAGUUGUAGCUCCGGCGGUUAAGUUUCAGCUUUUGCAAAAUUGUCAUGUUGAUGUUUAGUUAUCAUGAGUAGAAGGAUAUUAGUUCUUUCUUUUUUCUUUGUUAGAGUUGUUAGUUCAUGCACUCUCCACCAUGCCCUUUUUUGUGUUCACAAAUUUCUCAUUAUCUUUUUUUCUUAGUAAUUGUAAUGUAAUUUUUAUUUUUACUUGUGGUUAAUUUAUUAGAUACA